GAUGACUUCCACGUCAACACUGCGGGAACUACUAUGACGGCUUCUUCUGUGAUGACUUCUCUUUUUCUCAGCUCGCUCAGAUCCUACAACACAAGAAUUGAAAAGGGGACGGGAACUACCUGCGCUGCCUACAUCAUGGGCACCAGUACCAGUCAGUCCUCCAAGUGAACCAGGCAUAACAUAAGAAUGAUUAGCCUGAAUUGGUGCAGGGGGGCAUGCAAUAACCUGUGAGCCAGCAGGGGGCUACCUGGACAGCCUGACUGUGCAGCCACACUUUAUCUGAGGCUUCCCAACACAGGCUCCACAGUGGAAAACAGCCCUCCCCCAUAUGGCUCUGCACAGCUGUUAUAACAAGGGUUAAUUCCUCGACACGCCCCCCACUGCCCUCAGGGGAAAUAUCAAUCAAAGGAGCUGUGAAGACAGCCUGCACACUGACAGGCAGCGGAGAGCUGGAGAUCGGUGUAGGAACAGAGUCACUGAGGUCACUGUGGAGAGGGGGUUGGGCAUCACUAGAUACAACUGAAAGAGUCUCACAACUUGUUGCACUUACCAGCACAGGCUGCAGCUUGUAUCGGGACCUCUCCUGCUGAGCAACCAACCAGCUCUCACAGCAGAGAGCACAGAACCAGAGGAGCUAUGUGCUUGCUGCUCCAUCUGUGCAGGACGGGCAGGCUUUCCUGAGCACUCUGACCGAGGUUCAGGGCUAGGGCUGAGUCUAUCAGGCAGGCGAACAGCCGGUUGUGGCCUACCUUGUUGUGUAGGAAGCAGAGCCAUACUAACAGGAUCUCCAGCACCUGGCGCUAAGACUUCCUGUACCCACCACUGCUGCUGAGAUGUUUUGCCCAAAGAAACAAUGGAAUUAGGAAAGGGUAAACUUCUCAGAAGCGGCCUCAACGCCUUGUACCAAGCCAUACAUCCGAUACAUGGCUUAGCCUGGACAGAUGGCAAACAGGUUAUUCUAACAGCCUUGCACCUUCAUAAUGAAGACCCAAAGUUUGGCAACUCCGUAGUGAUUGGGCAAUUUGAACACGUUCAUGGCCUCUACUGGGGUACAGCUCAUGCCAAUGACCUACCCGCUCUCCUGGCCGUUCAACACAAGAAACAUGUCACUGUCUGGCAGCUGUAUUACAACAAUUCAGAGAAGAACAAGUUGGUGGUUUCUCAGACUUGCGAAGUCGGGGACCCCCUGCCCGUUCUCCCACAGGGCUGUGUGUGGCAUCCAAAGAAAGACAUCUUGGUUAUUUUAACCAAACGCGAUGUGUCUGUCUUGUAUUCCGUGCGCUUGGACAAUUCUAGUGUUAAGGCGGACAUUAAAAGCACGGGGGUUGUCCAUUGCGCUUGCUGGACCAAGGAUGGAAGUCGGUUGGUUGUCGCCAUCAGUAGCGCACUUUACUCCUAUAUUUGGGACGGGAAGCACAAAAUGUUAAAUCCCUGUACUUUUUGCCCUAUAUUCGACGUCGGUGGAUACAUUUGUGCAAUUGAAUCAACAGUUGACUCUCAGGUGGCUGUUGCCACCGAGCUUCCCCUAGACAGGUUAUGUGCAUUGAAUGCCGGCAUUGCAUUCGACGUGCCAGCAACCUCCGAAAUAACUCCCUCCGCCCAACCAGCCUUGCUGCUCAUGGAUGAAGAAUUCUCUCUAGAUGUGGGGCGAAAAUCAACUGAUUCCGGCACUACCAUCUCCACAGAUUCCCCAGUUACUUCCCCUGGGACUAUUGACCUAACCCAUAUCUUGAUCAACCAUUCGAAAUCUGAUCUGAGCCCGCUUCUUAACUUAAAACCCAAGGACUACAUAACAGGAAGUGGUCAAGACUCCUCACAUCUGAUCCUUGUGACCUUCGAGAAGAAAGUGACGUCCACCCGGAAAGUUAGCAUCCCAUGGAUUUUAGUUCCGGACAUCUUGGCAUUUGAUCCUGGUGCACAUAUCGUUGCCGUUGCUUCAAACACAUGUAGCCAUGUUCUAGUUUAUUCAUUGACUUCUACAAACAUGCCCAAUAUUCAGCAAAUCCAACUGGAGAAGAAUGAGCGGCCUAAAGGCUUGUACUUCCUGACAGAUAAGAUGUUGUUAGUGUUGGUUGGGAGGCAGAAGACAUGUGACCCAGCGUUCCUCCCUUCUUCUAGCUCUGAUAAAUACAUAAUCCGUUUGAUGGUGAAGGAGGUUAUGUUUGAUGAAGACUCUGAGAUUCCGAGUGCACACUCGAGCUUCGACUCUUCAGCUAUAUUACAUGGGAGGAAGAAGUAUGUGGACUCCUACAAAUAUGAGCAGUCUCCUGCUUGUCGUGAACUUUUGAUCCCAGGAAGUUCCUCGGGACGUCCAUCUUCAAGCAAAAAGCGACUCAUAGAAGAGAUUCGAAGCUAUAACUGCGAUCAAAGCCCAACAUCCAGCGCUAGUGACUUUGAGGAGAAAAAGACUACAAUGACUUUGCACCACUUAGACGCUGAACCGAAAAAUAGGUCUGUAAUACUAGGUUUAGAGACACAUCGUAAACCUUCCAGCAGACCAACAUCUCCAAAACUGCAAUCCCAGGCGUGUAACAACCUGACAAGGAACACCACUGCUGUCCCGGACCAUGAUUUCCUUCACGUGUCCCGGAAUCUGGAGCGACUUUGCUGCAACAUGUCCAAUUUACAGCAACGCCUAUCCGAUCUAACAGAAAUGGCGCAAAACGGAAGGAAGUCUUAUCUGUCCUAUGCAUCCUCCAGAGAUCCUCCAUAUGUUACCAUCAUAUGCCAGAGGAAUCACUCGGACAGUUCGUCGGUGAAAAAGUCGGUUUUGCUGUGUGAAAACAAGCUGCGUCUCGGGACCAUCCAGGAGCUCUUCUGUCUGUCGCUGGUGGAGAUGCAGCUGGGACCCUCUUGUUGGAUUACUCUGACAACCGAUAACGAAGGCUUCAUCCCAUUGACAUUUUCGGCCAAUCAGGAACUCUUCAUCAGAGACGCCAGAGGCCCUCCAGCAUCACCCUUGAGCUCCGACGGAAUCAGUCCAGCACAGCCCCCCAGCAGCAUCACAUAAUGUGCGCUGUCCGCUCGGGGGGCUGUUCUGUUUUCCAUCUUACCGUAUGCACUGGGCUUGGGGGCUCCACCGCUCCACAGUACCCUGUUAAUAUCCAUUUAUAGGCAGCUUCAGAUUGUUGUAAGGAUUCCUUACUUACCUUCGGUGCUUACGGGAUAGGAUCCCAGUAUUUUGUGCAAUAUACGUCCUACAUUUCUAGGACUCCCAACGCCCUGGACCUCAAGAGUAAUACAUUUGAGGGUGUCCAGUACCAGACCCUUGAUGCUGCUGGAACAUCCAUAGAUUUUUACUAGACGGUGAUGACAUAGAGAGAGAGAGACUUCCUUGUUAUCAUAGUGACGUGAUUGUGCCAGCGCGUUUCAGUAUUUGCAGUAUUUAUUGCUAGAUAUUAAAGUACUGGUGGACAUGCAUGAGGAAUGUAUUUUUUGGUAAUGCAUGUUCCUGCCCUGAUCGUAUCUAUAGUAUGUGCGCGGCAUAUUCGAUACCUGCGGGACAAUCUUUGUUACCAUUGAAUGUAUAGUAAAGGCCACCAUUAUGUCGGGGGAGCCAGUG